UGCAUUUUUUCCCCCGUGAGCGAUGGCGCAUAACCGCGCGAGGCGAGGUUUGCGAGUUGCGGACGGAGAUGUCGCGCGUCGGUCCCUUCCCGUGCGUCCGCCUCACCUCAACGGCGCGUGUCUUUGCGUGAGAGAAGGAGGUGAGAGACUUUAGGGCGGGUGUCGCUUCUCCCACCGGACCAGGGCUGCAGCAGACUACUGUUCAUUUGUCGGGUCGGGAAGAGUAGGAGAAGAGACGGAGCGGCUGGGACCCGACUCAGUGAGGGUGGGACGUGUAAAUCGCUCCCUCGCACCAUGUGGGGAAAACCUGAGACGGCAUUCUGCUAAACCAGGACACCAGGAAGAAUUAACAGAAAGCUGAAGAAUUCAGCUCUGGGUUCAGAACAACUCCUUUUCCUCAGUGUACUACACCAAACCUAAGUAACUGGAUUACCAGUAUCCUUCUGCUGCUCCGUCUGAGUUCCCUCCAUUUGCAUCUCAGCAUGAGUGGCCUGGUAGCGAAGCUGGACCCUCGUAGGAUACAAUGGGGCUCCACAUGGAACACCUUCACCUCCCGUGUCCUGAGGACCAAGCCCGUGGAGUCCAUGUUGGAUUCAGCCAUGUCGGGCACGGGCUCGCACGGGACCAGGCUGGCCCGGGUCUUAUCCACCGUGGACCUCGUGUCGCUGGGCGUGGGCAGCUGCGUCGGGACGGGGAUGUACGUCGUGUCAGGGCUGGUUGCCAAGGAGAUGGCGGGUCCGGGGGUCAUCGUGUCCUUCAUCAUCGCCGCUGUGGCCUCCAUACUGUCAGGAGUGUGCUAUGCAGAGUUCGGCGUGCGCGUGCCUAAGACCACAGGCUCGGCCUACACCUACAGCUACGUGACCGUGGGCGAGUGCGUGGCCUUCUUCAUCGGCUGGAACCUGAUCCUGGAAUAUCUGAUCGGCACAGCGGCGGGGGCGUCGGCUCUGAGCAGCAUGGCCGACUCGCUGGCCAAUCACAGCAUCAGCAGCUUCAUGACGUCACACAUCGGGACGCUCAACGGCCUGGGUAAAGGCGAGCAGUCGUACCCGGACCUGCUGGCGCUGCUGAUCGCGCUGCUGGUGACCGUGAUCGUGGCUCUGGGGGUGAAGAACUCGGUGGGCUUCAACAACGCGCUGAACGUCAUCAACCUCGUCGUCUGGGUGUUCAUGAUGAUCGCCGGGCUGUUCUUCGUCAACGGGGAGAACUGGGACGAGGGCCGGUUCCUGCCCUUUGGCUGGUCCGGGGUGAUGCAGGGUGCGGCCACCUGUUUCUACGCCUUCAUUGGAUUUGACAUCAUCGCUACAACGGGAGAGGAGGCCAAGAGUCCCAACACCUCCAUCCCUUACGCCAUCACGGCCUCCCUCAUCACCUGCCUCACGGCCUACGUGUCUGUUUCCGUCAUUCUGACCCUGAUGGUCCCGUACAACACCAUCGAUGCCGACGCGCCGCUGAUGGAGAUGUUCGCCAUGCAUGGCUGCAUGUAUGCCAAGUACAUCGUGGCCGUGGGCUCCAUCGCUGGACUCACCGUCUCCCUCCUGGGCUCUCUGUUCCCGAUGCCCCGGGUCAUCUAUGCCAUGGCAGGGGACGGCCUGCUCUUUAAGUUCCUGGCCCACGUGUCAUCCUACACAGAGACGCCCGCUGUGGCCUGCGUCGUGUCGGGCUUUCUCGCCGCUCUGCUCUCCCUCCUGGUCAGCCUCCGAGACCUAAUAGAGAUGAUGUCCAUCGGGACCCUGCUGGCCUAUACUCUAGUGAGUCUGUGCGUGCUGCUGCUGCGCUACCAACCCGAGGGCGACAUCCACGGCUUUGUGAACUUCCUGUCCGAGGAGCAGAGCAAGAAGAGGAAGGAGGGCGUGCUGGCCGAGUGCGAGAAGGACGCCUGCUCGCCCACCAGCGAGGCCGACGAGUACGGCGGCGCGCCCACCAACACCUGCGGAGCCAAAAACCUGCCGUCGCUCGGCGACAACGAGAUGCUGAUCGGCAAGCCGGACAAGAACGCCUACACGGCCAGCCACCCCAACUACGGCACGGUGGACAUGACCACCGGCAUCGAGGCGGACGAGUCGGAGGGCGGCGUGUCCCGGCGGCUGAAGAAGCUAAUCGGACCGCGCUACUACACCUUGAGGAUUCGACUGGGCCUCCCGGGAAAGAUGGACCGACCAACACCGGCCACGGGGAAAACCGUCACCGUGUGUGUGCUGCUCCUCUUCAUCUUCUUCUUCGCCUUUUGCUCCUUCAUCAUUUUUGGUGCGAGCAGCAUCGGGGACGGUCAGUGGUGGGCGCUGCUGCUGUUAAUCUUCUUCAUCAUCGCCAUUGCCCUGCUCGUCAUCAUCAUCCUCCAGCAGCCGGAGAACCCCAAGCGGCUGCCCUACAUGGCCCCCUGCGUUCCCUUCGUACCGGCUUCAGCCAUGCUGGUCAACAUCUACCUCAUGCUCAAACUGUCCGCCAUCACCUGGAUCCGAUUUUCCAUCUGGUGCCUCGUGGGUGUGCUCAUCUACUUCGGCUACGGCAUGUGGAACAGCACCCUGGAGAUCACGGCCAGGGAGAACGAGGUGCACGCCUCCACCUACCAGCGCUACGACCAAGGCGUGGACGAAGGCUUCUGCGGCUUCGACGAUGACUUCUACCCCCCGGCCACCGAUCCGUGGGGGGCGCCGGAGGGGGGGUCGGGGCUCACGCCUCCCCCUGAGGCAAAGCCCAAAAGUGAUGGGACACCAGUGAAAGGUGGAGGCAGGACCAUUUCUAAUCACGGCCUUGCUGAAGAGGAUCCGAUGGAUUUCUGAAGGGGUCCACUCGAUGUUUCCCUGAAUGUACUGCCUUAUUUGCUGCCUGGGGGGAAGGGAGGGGGACCAGUGGUGUGAUUGCAUGAAUGAGUGUGUGUGGGUGUGCAUGUAUGCAUGUGUGUUUGUGUGUCCAACCCUUGGGCUAGAUCGUUCCUUUUGGCAGCGUCACGGCUCUUCUUUCACCGUACCCUGCCACGCUUGGCUUCCCGGCUCGUACAGCGUUACAGUCGUGGACGUCAAGGUCACGGGUGUCACAGCGCAGUCGCUCGUUAUUCACUCACCAGAGUCCGCACUUGGAGAAAAAGGCCCGACAGAGAAGUGCCGACGCAGCGGGGGCGCGCCGGGGGAUAAUUUAACUGGUAAUGUGUACAGUAGGAACUGGUGGGAGGUGAUGAGCUGGGGGGGCAGUUGAAUCAGCACCACCCCUUCCUGUUCCAACGCAGACAGGCAGGAAAGUUAGAUGACAGCAUGCCAGGCCCCAGCUAUUUCCUGUGUCCAGGUCGGUCUCUCAGCUUGUUUUAUAUCCAGCAGACAGGAAGUGGCCUCACAUGUGAAACACAAAGCUUCUCCAAACUCCAAAACCACCAACCUGGGUGUCUUUAAGUACUUUCCCUCACCCCCGACAUCUAGCCCAAGGGAUUCGGGUGAAGGGUCGUCGGUGUUUUCUGUCACAAAUAGUACUUGGACUUUGCUUGCGAUAGUGCCUUCAUCUACUGUGUGUGAGUUUUCUACUUUAGUUCUACCUGUGUACUGUAUGUGCGAGGGUAUACGUGCCGUGGAACUGCCCCUUUUACGAUGGUUCGCCUGUGUGUGUCAGAGUGUGUCCUUCGGGCCGUGUCGCUGUGUGUGCGUCUGUGUGUAGGUGUUUGUUUUGUUUGGUUCUUCCCACUUGUCCAGCAUGAAGCUCAGAAUCAACAGCAAACCACACUCGACAGUGCAGUUUAACACACGCUUGCCAGCUCACAGACUAGAUGGACGUGGUGGAGUCAGAGCAGGAACAGAUUCACCCCUUAAUGACAACCAGGGCGCUUUAUUGGGAUGGAUGUCGUCAUUUUCCUGGGUUUGCUAUCUGUUUGUUUCUUGGUUGAUGCGGGUUUAAUUCCAUUUUCAGGGUGGUAAGGAAUCUUCUUUCACUUCAUUCAAUCUGGAAUAGCUAUUUGAAAAAAAACUAAUUAGGAAAAGAAGACUAAUAUCGGUAGUUUUGUUUCCACACUGAGUGAACUGAAAUGACCCCCCUCCCUUUCUGCUCCCCCGCUGUUUUUCAUUCUUUUGCCACUUUUUGCUCUACAUUUUAUUCCUCGGUUUCGAACCCAGCUCUUCUUACAUCUAUUUGCCGCCUCGCCCUUCGCUUGAUAUCCGUCCGGCUGUGUUAGCAGGGAGGUGCCCCUCUUCAGUGAUAAGGCUGUCCUGGGAUUUUCCGGCAGAAUUUCAAACAGAAAUCCGUUGCAGCCUGGCCUGUCGUCCAUUAGCUCCUGUUCCACCUCAGGGUGUCCACUGUCGCUCCUCUGAUCAGACAUCGGUCCUUUUAAUCCUUUCCAAAACGAUCAGACUAAAGGGCCCUGUUAUGCUACUGUUUCCAUUUAUGUUCAUCAGCGAGUGCUGAAGUCUGAUGCUACGUGUUAACAGGCUCCGUUGCUCUACCCCAAAGAAGUAUCAUAAAAAUCAAUAGAAUUUUAGGUUUGAUUCCAUGUUAAGAAUGUAAGGGACCGCAAGGGAUUCUGGGAAUACAGUAGCAUACCGUGGCGUGAUCCAGUGGGGCACUGCUGCUGUCUGGCCCCAUUGUCCUCCAUGUUUUCUUAUUUUCGCGUACCCCCGUUGCUGCAUCGAUCCCUUUCAGGGAAGCCUUAUUCGUCUAAUGCACUAAUUCUAAGGAUGCCACGCUGAACCCCCCCGUCCUACAGUACAAUACCUCGGUUGCCCUCCCCUGUGGGAAGAAUUCCAGUACAUUUGAAACCUGAACGCCAACACGUUUCGGCAGAUAAACAAUAAAUCUGUUUUUUAUCCACCAGAGCUGCACCCCUGAAGGUGUAGAGACUACUUUAAAAACAUUUAGAGCUUUGGGAAAUUAAAGUGGUGACUUUCCAUUUCAUAUCUGAUCCGAUUAUUCAAAGAUGAGGAGGUUUGCACUGUGAGGACUUGAACUCAAGACCUCAACAUUUCUUAAAUCCCAACUUCCUUUAGAGCAGCGACUCAAGUUGCCUUUUUGUCUUAACUAUGGUCUAUGGAGCAGCUCUGCCAGUGCCAAACCUUUGCCCCACGCUGAACCAGCUGAUGUUGGAAAGCCCGGGUGUUGCAUAUAGUGAAUAUGUGAUGUAACCGCUGAUUGAAAUCUGACAUUUAGCAGAAUCUUCCAGUAUCAAUGUUCUAUCUGGCAGCGAGGCUGGAAAAUACAGCACAUUCUCUCAGUGUUUGCACACAAUAUCUCAUACAUAUAUUCCGCUGUUGCGCCGAUGCCCCCCCCCGGUCCAGAUCGCCUCCCGCCUCAGCCAAAAGAACCCCGCCGCUUGCUUUCGUAGCUCAGCCAGCGCGAGAGGGCGCAUUCAGGUGGUGCCCGAGUGUUUUCUAUGUCGUCAGCUCCGUGUGCACGUGUCGGGCAUGUGUGCGUGUGGCUGCUUCCCUCGUGAACGUCUGGUGAACGUGUCGCAUGCUUUCAUGCACGAGUAAAUGCUGUACCUGCAUGCGGUGAUUAUUUUCAGUGAGACGUCGUAGGAACACCAAACCAAACGCCCGCUAAGUUCUCAUACCUGGUUCUGUUUGGACUGGACUUAUUGGCUUUAAUGCAACUCGACCCGCUUCAAUAGACACAAAUGUUCAGAAUCCAACAGAAGAUAUUUUCCUCGCACACUGCUUCUCUUUCUUGUCAAAUUCAAGCUCAAGUCUCCUCCUUUGCAGCUCAAUAUUGAAUGAAUUAAACGUGAAACUAAUUCAGUGCACGAAGGCGAUAACGAGCUGGAUUCAGUUCAAAUCUCACUCUGCCGUUCCCCAGGUAUGGGAACCCAGGCCUCUGCUUGAACAAGGAGUAGAACAUGUAGCGACCCCCCCCCCCCAACACUUACAGUGUGCUCCCCUCCUCUCCACCUCCACCUCCAGAAGCCAAAGUCCACAGUGCUUGACUGUUUCUUCAGCGGCUGAGCCAACAAGCUACUGAUGUGCGUUUAUCAGUUGCAUCUGCCCGUAGCCGAGCAGUUCAACAGAGCAGAAGUCCCACGUUCCUCCAGCACCGGCACGACGCGGUGAAAGAGUCCAACGCUGAAGGAGACGAGAACCAAAAGUAUUUUUCUACAGCUGCUUCCUGUCGGUGGCCGUCCUUGGGUACAGGUCUGCACAAAAGAGCUGCACGAGGACUCUCUUUAUUUUUAUCUAAUCACGCGGAGGCCUCGGGUAAAUAGCUCGAAAAUAUAUUUUUAACAAUUGUUGUCUCUAUGGAAAGAUGAAGCUCAUUUAUAAAUCUCAGACCGUGAUUUUGAAGGGGUUACUAAUGGCUGCUCUAAACAUCAUUAGGACUGUAGACGGUUUAGGAGGACGGCUACAGAAACUAUUUUAAUACCAAUCAUCAAAUAUUGUCACUAUUGCUUUUGAAGUCAGCUACUAUUUGUUUGUUUCGGAGAAGACGUGCCAUGUUUUCCUGUGCUUUGUGGUCACUGUGGCCAAGUGUCCAGUCAGUGUGUGUUGGACUGUGGAGAUUGGCUGUUCUCGUUACAACUAUGUAGAUAUUCCUUUUCCUCUUCUGUAUAUUUUGGCACAACGCUGUACGAUGUAGUUGCUCUUUAUGUUCCUUUCUAACGGUUCCUCCAUAUGUGUGGCUCUUCUGUUCCUGGGUGCACUGUUUUUGCUUGAGUUGUUAAUAUUGCUUCCAUGCAACAAUGAAAGUUACCGUGUUUGUUGCAAAUGCCGAA